AAACAGCGCCUUCUAGUGGGGAUUCCUUACAGUUGCGUACUUCAGAUCGAGGUGGGCUUGUUGCAUGGUAACAGUCAUGAGAUUUUUGAGAAGACAGAGAGCUCUUUAAUCAACCUGGUUGAAAGGAAGGAGGCUCAAGGUGCUCUUCGGUCCAUCAUGAGGUUCAAGUGGAACUGUGAGGAACUGGGAAUAGGAGGCCUGGACAAAGAACUCUCUGAAAUCUUCCACAGAGUCUUCGGCUCUCGGGUUGUGCCCCCGGACGUCGCGGAGGAGUUAAAUCUUACGCACGUUAAAGGUGUUUUGCUCUUCGGGCCUCCUGGCUGCGGAAAGACACUGAUGGCACGAGAGAUCGGGAAGAUGGUAGAAAAGCCCAAGGUGGUCUGUGGCCCUGAGAUCUUCAGCAAGUACAUGGGUGAAUCGGAGGCCAACAUCAGGAAGCUGUUCGCUGAUGCGGAGGAGGAGCAGAAGAGGGUGAGAGCACUAAAACACUGCAGAAAUAAGCAUACAGUACACUCCUGUGCAUCUUGUGGAAUAGUAACAUAGUGCAAUUUGGAAGA